CCUAGUGAACUAUAAUAAUCUUGGAAUGUGAAUUUGAUCUUGUUAUUAGAAAAAUGUCUGAUGUAGAAGUAGAGGCACCGGCGACUUUUAAAAAACGUAAUAUCCAAAAUAAAGGUGGUCGCAAACGGAAAGCAUCCAGUUCUUCGGAAGAAAAAAAAAGUUCAGACUCAGAUGAACCAACUGUAGUUAUACCGACAAAACGUCCACAGAAAGCCAAUCCAAACAUUCAGUCCACAGGUGGACCACGGGUCAAGAGACCUGAGAUUACGAAAGACAGUGACAGUAGUGAUAAUGAAGAAAAGAAACAAAAGGACCGCACUACACUCUCUGUACAACAGCAGCGUGAGAAUGCGACGGCAACAUACGAGCUUGAUACAGAAAGAGAUAGAGAUGCUCAAGCAAUAUUUGAAAAGGCACAGAAAAUUAAUGAGGAGUUACAUGGGCAAGCUGACGAUAAGGUAUACCGUGGCAUAAACAAUUAUGCGCAGUACUACAAAAAGAGGGAUACGGCAGCGGGAAAUGCGAGCUCUGGAUUGGUUAGGAAAGGGCCAAUCAGAGCGCCCGCAAAUCUAAGAGCAACUGUCAGAUGGGACUAUCAACCUGAUAUUUGUAAAGAUUAUAAAGAAACUGGAUUCUGUGGUUUCGGAGAUUCCUGCAAAUUUCUCCACGAUCGAUCUGAUUAUAAACAUGGAUGGCAACUGGAACGAGAAGAGAACAUAGCGAUAGCUGGCGACGAUUCCGACUACGAAGUGCAUUCGGACGACGAGUUGCCUUUCAGAUGUUUCAUAUGUCGGAACAGUUUCACAGAUCCUAUAGUCACAAAGUGUAAACAUUACUUUUGCGAAAAGUGUGCGUUGGAGAAUUACAAGAAAUCAACUCGCUGUUUCAUAUGUAACACUCAAACUGGUGGUGUGUUCAAUCCAGCUAAAGAGCUUGAGGCGAAAUUGAAGAGACACGGUGAUGGAAGUGGCUGUAGUGAUGACGAUGAUGAUGAUUCAUGAAUAAAUAAAAUACAUAAUAGUGUAAAUAAAAA